AUGCAACGUCGCGCUUGGAACGCGCCAGAUGGCGCAGACGAGCCUGAAGUACCGGUGCUACGAGGUGUCCUACCGAUGUUUCCCGUACCACCACCACCGAUUCGGCCAGCAAAUCCGCCACCAGCUCGGAAUGUACGUCGAGGCGCCGCUCGACUUCGUGCGGAAUCCCCAGAUACCGCUGUGGAGUACGAUCAGAACGAAGUCGAUGCGUUGAAACGAAUGAAAGAGAUAGCUGAUCGCCAGAUUAACGGCUUGUCACUAAUUGGUGAAUCAAAACAAAACAAGUCUUUUGUGGUGGUAAGUUCCAAAUAG